GCAGGUCACAUCUUUGCCAUGCCUACCUGGGGAAAGCUUCCUGAACGGGGACCAUCCUAUUUCAGCAGCAGGUCUUGUCUACACUAGGCAAAGCCCCGCUGCCUUUGGACGCAUCUUUUCUGGCACUUUAUACCGGUACGGUACGCUCCCGAUUAUCCGAAACACCUGGGGGACCCGGAAUUUAUUUGGGUAAGCGAGAGGGCAGAGAAAUUGAAUCAGCGGCUUGGCGAUGUCGUCUUCAGUCCUGCCCAGGGGUCUUUGCUUCAUGAUCUGAACCGCCGCGAUCUCCAAACCUCUUCCUUGGGUAAUGCAGAGGUUCGGAUGAAAGGGUUUCGGAGAAACGGGAGGAUACCGUAUAUUUAAAAACACGCUCUUGGAGUGAAACAAGCUAUACAGGCACGUCGGAGCCAUGAAGGAAACCAUCCAGGCCAGGAAGCCGUGGGGCCCCGGCCUCCGCGAGCCCCACAAGCGGGAGAGGCUGCGCCUGGCGUCCCGGGACUGGGAGGAGCCCGCCCCCCCGGCCCCCAAGCACGGCGGCUGCUUCGAAGGCGGGCGCCGGCUGGCCUACACCAAAGAGCAACCCCCGGGCUUCGCGAGCGAGGCGGAAGGCCCCGCCGGCGCCUGGGACUUGCCGCGCGUCUCGGGCUGGGCCCGGAGCAAAGCGGCCGGGGAGAAGGCGGCCCGGAGCGGCGGCCCGGACUGGCCCUUCGCCGGCGGGGCCGAGGGGCGGCCGGCGCUCCCGGGGGCCACCCGGCGGCGCUGCCAGCUGCGGCGGCGCCAGCGGGCCCGGCGGGCCCUCCGCAUGCUGCUGUACUCCAAAUGGUCCUCCCUGGCCUUCCCCUGGAAGCUGUGGGGCAAGCUGGCCUGCCGGGGGCGCCGGCGGGGGGGCGCCAAGCCGUCCCGCUCCUCCCUCUCGCCCGGCUCCCAGCCCGACCACGACCUGAAAGCCUGCCCCCUGGAGGAGGAGGAGGAGGACUGCCAGGGCGGGGCCAAGCCGGGGCCCCGCCCCUCGCUCUUCCGGCCCCGCCCCUCGCCCCGAUUGGACUACCACCUGGGCGGGGCCUUCGCCCCCUCGCCCCCCCGGCUCGGCCUGCUGGGCGAGGCGCCCGGCUCCUCCCCGUACCCGCCGUACGCCCAGCUGCAGCGGGUGGACGGCGCCAUGGAGGUGGGAGGGGAGGACGGCGCCCGGUCGCCCCCCGGGAGCAGGAGAGAGGCGCCAACGCUGGACGGGGACCCAGGCCCCGCGGGCGCCCUGCCCAACGGCUUCGCCUCCCUGGACGGCGAGCUCGGCGCCCUGGCCGCCGCCUCGGACCCCAGCAUCGUCAUCAGCAACGUGUGCAGCAUCGGCGCGGUGGAGGAGUUCUUCCGGGCCAAGGACGAGGCGCCCCCCGGGGAGAAGGCGGCGCAGCACAGCCCCCUGCGGGAGGAACACGUCACCUGCGUGCAGAGCAUUCUGGAUGAGUUCCUUCAGGCCUACGGCAGCCUGAUCCCCGUCAGCACGGACGAGGUGGUGGAGAAGCUAGAAGACAUUUUCCAGCAAGAGUUUUCCACGCCACAGAGGAAGGGCACCGUGCAGCAGCUGAUCCAGUCCUACCAGCGCAUGCCAGGCAAUGCCAUGGUGAGGGGCUUCCGGGUGAAUUACAAACGCCACGUGCUGACCAUGGACGACCUGCAGACACUGUACGGCCCCAACUGGCUCAACGACCAGGUCAUGAACAUGUACGGGGACCUCGUCAUGGAUACGGUGCCAGACAAGGUCCAUUUCUUCAACAGUUUUUUCUACGAUAAGCUACGAACCAAGGGGUACGAGGGGGUGAAACGCUGGACCAAAAACGUGGACAUCUUCAACAAGGACCUGCUGCUCAUCCCCAUCCACCUGGAGGUGCACUGGUCCCUCGUCUCCGUGGAUGUGAAGCAGAAAAGCAUCACGUACUUCGACUCGCAGCGAACGCUCAACCGCCGCUGCCCCAAGCACAUCUGUAGGUACCUCCAGGCUGAAGCAGACAAGAAGGAUCGGCCGGACUUCAGAGAUGGCUGGAGGGGCUCCUUUAAGAUGAACGUGGCCCGGCAGAACAACGACAGCGACUGUGGGGCCUUCGUCCUGCAGUACUGCAAGUUCCUGGCCCUGGGCCGGGCCUUCACCUUCACCCAGCAGGACAUGCCGAAGCUCCGGCGCCAGAUGUACAAGGAGCUUUGCCACUGCAAACUCAGCGUGUGAGUCGCCCGCCUGCCUCUUCCCUCCCGGCGGGGGCCCACGCGGACACCGCCUCCCCCCCGCUCCUGGGGGGGGGACCGCACCCCGAACCCCGGAAGGACGGGCCGCGGGAAGGGGCAUUAACUCUGUAGCAUUGGAACUGUUCAAGCCGGGGCGAGAGAAGCAGCUAAUCCCAAUUCCCCCCCAUCAACCAGACCUUUGGGGGACCUUUUUUUACUUGGGGGGGGGGGGCACGUUCCCCUUUCCCCCUGGUUCUGUAUUAUUUUUUUCAUAUUUAAACCCAGUGUCCCUUGUUACAUUUUGCGGCGGGUGGGGUGGGGGGGCGGCUCAUGGUAAAUACACCCCCUACCCCUGAAUUUUGGGGAC